AACCACACAUCACUUUCUUUCCUUCCUCCUUUCAUUGGGCCUCCCUUACUUUUCAUCUCCAACCUCUUUCGUUAUUCAUCUUCUUCCCUUGGAUCCUUGUUUGCCGGCUUGGGUUUUAAUCCUCUCCUUUUCUCAUCUCCUCAUCAUCUCUUUCCUUUCAUCAUUUAUCAUCUCCUCUUCGAAACCCAACAGAUCUGCUGGGUUCUCGACAACCCAACGAUAUGCUGGGUUCGAUUAAUCAAACCCAGCAGAUUCGCUUGGUUCUCAAGAACCCAACAGAUCGCUAGGUUCUUUGAUCUGUUGGGUUCUCGACAACCCAGCGAUCUGUUGGGUUUGAUUCCCAGCGAUUUGCUAGGACUUGCUAGUCGCCGCGCAAUCUCUAGUUCCCUCACGGUCGCCGUCUCCAUUGAGCCUCAACCAUGGCCGACGAUAGGGCCAUAAGCCUCGAGGAGAUCAAGACACAAUCAGUAGAUUUGGAACGGAUACCUGUAGAGGAAGUGUUGGAGCAGCUGAAAUGUACCAGGGCUGGACUGACUUCCGAGGAAGGAGCCCGUCGACUCCAAGUUUUUGGACUAAACAAACUAGAAGAGAAAAAGGAGAGCAAGAUUCUCAAGUUUUUGGGUUUUAUGUGGAACCCUUUGUCAUGGGUCAUGGAAGCUGCUGCUAUCAUGGCUAUUGUCAUGGCAAAUGGGGGUGGCAGACCUCCAAACUGGCAGGAAUUUGUUGGUAUCGUUGUGCUGUUGCUGAUCAACUCUACCAUUAGUUUUAUUGAAGAAAAUAAAGCUGGAAAUGCUGCAGCAGCCCUCAUGGCUGAUCUUGCUCCCAAAACUAAGGUUCUAAGAGAUGGUCAAUGGAAUGAACAAGAUGCUGCAAUUCUCGUUCCAGGGGACAUAAUCACCAUUAAAUUGGGAGACAUAAUUCCUGCAGAUGCUCGUCUUCUUGAGGGUGAUCCUUUAAAGAUUGAUCAAUCUGCUCUCACUGGAGAAUCUCUUCCUGUCACUAAAAGCCCCUCAGAUGAAGUGUUUUCUGGUUCCAUAUGCAAACAGGGUGAAAUAGAAGCAGUUGUUAUUGCAACUGGUGUGCACUCGUUUUUGGGUAAAGCUGAGCAUUUGGUAGACGGCACCAAUCAAGUUGGGCAUUUUCAGAAGGUUCUCACAGCCAUUGGCAAUUUCUGCAUUUGUUCGAUUUUUAUUGGACUAUUCAUUGAGGCAGUUGUCAUGUACGGGAUCCAGCACCGCAACUAUAGGGAUGGAAUUGACAAUUUACUAGUUCUCUUGAUUGGAGGAACCCCGAUUGCCAUGCCAACAGUGUUAUCUGCCCCCAUGGCCAUUGGUUCUCAGAGGCUCUCUCAGCAGGGUGCUAUUACCAAGAGAAGGACAGCCAUUGAGGAAAUGGCACGCAUGGAUGUUCUCUGCAGUGACAAGACAGGGACUCUGACCCUGAACAAAUUGACUGUUGAAAGAAACCUGAUUGAAGUGUUUGUAGAGGGGAUAGAGAUGGACCGAGUUAUCCUUCAAGCAGCUAGAGCUUCAAGAACUGAAAAUCAGGAUGCCAUUGAUGCGGCUAUUGUUGGAAUGCUUGCAGAUCCCAAAGAGGCACGAGCUGGUAUUAAGGAGGUUCAUUUCCUUCCUUUCAACCCUGUAGACAAAAGAACUGCUCUUACUUACAUUGAUUCUAAUGGAAACUGGCAUCGGGCUAGCAAAGGUGCCCCCGAGCAGAUAUUGGACCUUUGCAACUCCAAGGGAGAUGUUCGGAAAAAGGACAUGUUUUCUGUAAUUCUCCCAAAACCGUGGCAUGGUCCUUAUGGUACUGAUCAGGAAAUUAUGGCAGCUUUAUACCUUCAAGUGGCAACACUGAUUGCAGUCUAUGCAAAUUGGGAUUUUGCUAAAAUAAAAGGUAUUGGCUGGAGACAGGCAGGAGUGAUCUGGCUUUAUAGUGUUGUGACUUAUUUCCCUCUCUUUCUUCUCAAGUUUACCAUUCAGUAUCUCCAUGGUCGUAAGACCGCCUUCACUACAAAAAACCUUUUCAGUGACAAGAACAGUUAUAGGGAACUCUCAGAGAUUGCAGAGGAGACUAAACACCGGGCUGAGGGGCAUGUUGAAUCAGAUGUUAAGCUGAAGGGACUUGACAUUGGUACGGUAGCCUUCGAUGCAUCCACAAUGGAGAAAUUUCUGCAAGAGUGGGACAAGGAGAAGCCGGUGAGAUACACUGCUCAGCAAUUGGAUGACUUUACAAGAAAUUACUCGAAAAGGUUGGGGUCUGGUGCAUAUGGGGAUGUUUAUGAUGGGCAGUUUCCAAAUGGAGUCAAGAUUGCAGUGAAGUUGCUCAAGGAAAAAUAUGAGGUUGCAGAUUUUGGGCUUGCAAAGCUUUGCAACAGGGACAAUACUCAUGAUUCAGUUACCGGAUUCAAGGGAACCCUUGGUUACUCUGCCCCCGAGCUUUUUCUGAGAAAUCAUCCCAUAACUUACAAAUGUGAUGUGUAUAGUUUUGGAAUGUUGUUGUUUGAGAUAGUUGGGAGAAGGAAAAACACAGUUAGUAGUUCCUCUGAAAUCGUUGAUUGGUUUCCAAAGGUUGUGUUGGAUAAGUACCAGAAAUGUGAAUUGGCUGAACUAAUAAAAAGUUAUGGGAUUAAAAAGGAGGACAUGGAAAAGGCAGAGAGAAUGUCAUUAGUGGCAUUGUGGUGUGUUCAAGACUCACCAGGAGCUAGGCCACCAAUGAGUGCCGUGGUGAAGAUGCUGGAAGGAGGAGUGGAGAUCAUGCCACCUCCUAAACCUACUCAUUUACUGUUCUCAUCGUUAGGGACAAAUGCAGUCAAGCCACCAAAUGCUGCCACUGGUUCGAGUUCCUCCUCAAGUGAAGAAUCUGCUUCUUAUUGGUAUAAAGAGACCACUUCAAUCAUGGCCAAGUAUGAAAUACAAGUGGCCAGUAGUUAACAAGACUAAAAUCCAGUUCCCAGAAAGUGUAUGUUUUGUCUUGAUUUUUGUUAUUAUAAAAUUU